CUGAUUUCAAGAGUAACCUCAUCACAACCAACACACCCUAAAAGCUUGUUUUUGCCUUCAUUCCCCUCAUCAUAGCUUACACAAGAAAGCACUAUAACUCUAGUUCAUUCCUUCACUUUCCACUUUACUUUUUUCUCUCUUUCUAUUUAUUCAUUAUUACAACUUCAUAUCAACAAUUCUUCUUCAUCUUCCUCAUCAAUUUUAUUGCACUACAUAUUUACAUAUAUAUUUUUUAUUUAGAUUUAACAAAAGGGUGUUUUUUUAGGUGAAAAAAUAUUGUCCAAUAUUUUUUCUUUGCUUUUAUGGAAGGUCAAAAAGCUAAACGCAAACGUGUUUAUUCAGUUGAACCAAACAAAGUAGUGCAAGCAAAAUUUACUAAAAACUACAUUAAUUAUUUAGCACCAGCUUUGAUGAAGAUCAAGGAAAGAAGAACUUCUAUAGAAGCCAAGAAUGUUGAAAGUGUUGUCAAGUAUGAAGUGGACAUGGCAAUGGUUUUUUCAUCUCAAGGUUUUGCAUGGAGUAAUGCUCUAAAAACCAAGCUUCAAAAGGAUGGUGAUGAAGGUUCAUCAAGGAUUAAUUAUCAACAAAAUGAAAUGGUCCCACUUGAUUUCUCUAAAAAAAUUUGUUCAAAAUCUGAGGCUAAUAAGAUUUUGGUUGAAGAAAAUAUUGAUGGUGAUGAAGAUGAAAUUGUGGAUGACCAAUUGAGGUGUCUAAGAAAAUUGAUACCAGGAGGAGAAGAGAUUAUAUGUGAUGAGGAAAUGGUGAAUGAAUUAGAGAGCUAUGUAAGUUGUUUGCAAAUGCAGGUGAAUAUUCUUCAGUGCCUCACUCAUCAGACAAGUUGAAUUAAUUAUAAUCUUGUAUGUUUUGUUGUUUAAUUAUAUGAGACAAGUGGAGAAAAUCUUUAACCAUAAUCUAUGUGUUACAUAUUUUUAAUAUUAUAAUAUAAUUGUCAAAUCAACAUUAGUGUAUUUUGUACUAUUGUUUUCAAAUGUAUGGAUAUAUGUAUAUAGUUUUAA